AAAAAAAUUCUUAUCUAAUUGAUGGCAGAUAAUAAUACUCUAAAUAUUACAAACUCAUUAGAAUAUGAGUGUGUUGAACCAAUUAAAAAAAUAAAUGAUCAAGCUGAUGUUAACGAAUGGGUAAAUACUGAAGCUUUUCGGAGGUUAAUGAAGUUUAUUGAACUUUCGAACGAAAGUGUCAUAAAUCGAAAGAUUUCUGAUCCAUGUCUUGUCUCUGAGUUUGUACAAAGAAUUAUCAAUAUGUUGGACACUAUGUUAUCUUGGAUUGACGAGAUCCCACCAUUACCCACACCUCAAAGGUUUGGUAACAAGGCAUUUCGUACAUGGAUUGCUCGAUUAGAAGAGAAUUCUGUCAAAUUACAUCAAGAUAUGUUACCCGAACAUUUACAUGGAACUAUUGUUGAACUUGUCGCAUAUUUUAACGGUGGAUUUGGAAAUUCUACAAGAAUUGAUUAUGGAAGUGGACAUGAAUUAAGUUUUGUAGCAUGGUUAUGUUGUUUAAGCUUAAUAGGAGUAAUUAAACAGGAAGAUUAUACAGCUGUCAUAUUAAAGAUAUUCACAAAAUAUUUAGAUUUGGUAAGACGAUUACAACGCGUGUAUAUGCUUGAACCAGCUGGCAGUCAUGGCGUGUGGGGAUUAGAUGAUCAUCAAUUUCUUUCUUACUAUUGGGGAAGUGCACAGCUCAAAGAUCAUCCCAAUCUUAAACCAAAAUCGAUAUUAUCGGAAGAUUUUGUCAAUAUGUAUGCAGGAGAAUAUAUUUACUUUGGAUGUAUUAAAUAUAUACAUGAGGUCAAAAAAGGACCAUUUCACGAACAUUCACCUUUAUUGCAUGAUAUAUCAGAAGUUCAAUAUUGGGCAAAAGUUAAUUCAGGAUUAUUAAAAAUGUAUAUAGCAGAUGUAUUAAAAAAAUUUCCUAUAGUUCAACAUUUUUUGUUUGGUAGUUUAUUACCUUUCAAGGCAGCAAAUCAAGGGGGAUAAAAUAUAAUAUAAUACAAUAUAAUAUAUAUAUAUAUAUAUAUAU